CCUCCACACAGCUGUAUGGUACCGCUCUGGGAUCAGGGAGACGCCAUGUGCAGAACACAGGUGCCCCUCACGCAAGCUCAUGUCCAGGGCACCUGCUCGGGCCUUGCCCUGCCCAAGGAGGGCCGGGCUCAGGGCAGGGAUGCCCAAGGCCAGGAGUCACCGGACAGUGCCCAUUGAGCACGCCAGGGGUGGCUGCCUGGAGGGAACAGCGAGCAGAUGGCAGGGCGGGCCGAGCUGACAAUCCCCUAAUCCCAUCAACGCCGCGGGGGCUGAGCAGAGCCGAGCUGGGCCAUGGCGGGCACAGCGGUACGGGGGCCCCUCCUGCACCCGCUGCUUCUCCAGCUCUGCUGCGGUUGUCACGGGCUCCGCGUGUCCACGAGCACGCGUAUCCUCUACACGCUCCUGCACGUCCUGGCCUCUGCUGUGUGCUGCCUCAUGCUGUCCCGCACUGUGGCCCAGGCUAUCACGGAGAAGGUGCCCUUCUCAGUGGUGCUGUGCCAACACCUGCCUGGGGGCACAGACUGCGAGCAGCUGGUGGGCUCCUCGGCCGUGUACCGGGUCUGUUUUGGCACUGCCUGCUUCCACCUGGCACAGGCUGCCCUGCUGCUCAACGUGCGCUCCAGCUCUGACUGCCGUGCGCAGCUCCACAACGGGUUCUGGCUCCUGAAGCUGCUGGUGCUGGUGGGCCUCUGGGCCGCAAGCUUCUUCAUCCCUGAGGAGAACUUCAUCCAAGCCUGGCACUACACAGGUGUCUGUGGGGGCUUCGCCUUCAUCCUCAUCCAGCUGGUGCUAAUCACAGCCUUUGCACACACCUGGAACAAGAACUGGCUGACAGGAGCUGCGCAGGACAAGCGCUGGUAUCUGGCUGUGCUGCUGGCCACGGCCACCUUCUACACCCUUGCCUCUGCCGCCUUCUCCUUCCUCUACAAGUUCUACACCCACCCAGCCGCCUGCCACCUCAACAAAGCACUGCUUGCCAUCAAUGGCAGCCUCUGUGGCAUCAUGUCCUUCAUCUCCAUCACACCGUGUGUGCGGCUCAAGCAGCCGCGGUCAGGGCUGCUGCAGUCCUCAAUCAUCUGCUGCUAUGUGAUGUACCUCACCUUCUCUGCACUGUCCAGCCGCCCCCCAGAGAGAGUGCUGUACAAGGGGCAGAACCUCACUGUGUGCUUCCCGGGGGUCGGGCAGGAUGAGCUGCAGACAGAGGACACCACCGUCGCUGUGCUGGGCGCUGCCAUCAUGUACGCCUGCGUGCUCUUCGCAUGCAAUGAAGCCUCGUACCUCGCUGAGGUCUUUGGGCCCCUCUGGAUGGUCAAAGUCUACAGCUUUGAGUUUAAAAAACCUUCCUGUUGUUUCUGCUGCCCUGAGAAGAUGGAGGAGGAGCUGAGAGGUGAGUGCAGUGUUGUGUGGGAGUGGACAGAGCCUGUGUCCCAGCCUGGGAGUGCAUGUCCCCACACUCCCCCAGGCACUGACCAGACAUGUGACCAAGUAGAGGAGAGCGCCAGAGGACAGUUCAUCAUCGAGGAUGAACAGGACCGGGUGGUCUACAGCUACUCAGCUUUCCACUUUGUCUUCUUCCUUGCCUCGCUCUAUGUUAUGAUGACACUCACCAACUGGUUCAGCUAUGAGAACGCAGUGCUGGAGACCACCUUCACACAUGGCAGCUGGUCAACCUUCUGGGUGAAGGUGUCCUCGUGCUGGGCUUGUGUCCUGCUCUACCUGUGGCUGCUGCUGAGCCCCUUCUGCCUCCACGGCUCCCCACAGCACCGGCGCAGCAGUACAGGGCCACGCAUCGUGCGGCGCCGACGUGCUCCACAGCGCAUCAGCGUCUCCACAUAGCCCCUGCCGGGACAAACUGCGCCCAGGGCUGGUCCCUGCUGUGCCCCGUGCCUGUGCCCUAGCCCUGCUUGGUCCCCCUGGCCUUCCCUGACCCCCUGUCCCAGGAGACAGCAGCACCCGAGAGCCUGAGGGGAACAUGGGAGGUGGAUGCCAGGGCCACCCAAAGGGCCAGAGCCAGCUGGUGGCAGGUGCUCAGCCCGCAGCCUGGUUGCCCCGGCCUCACUGGGUGCACUGGGGGAGCAGGACUCUGCCCUGGCUGCCACUGCUGUGGUGCAUUCACUGUAAA